ACUGAUUAUGAAAACAGGGAUACACGUCCACUGCGAUUACCAUAAUCAUGCAUCCAAGUGCAUGAAUCCCCAGACUUGGCGUCUGAAUCUCGGAAAGCUUUAAGCUGUGGAGCGGAUGAAAGCUCCGGCAGACGGGCUGCGGCUGGGAGCAACAAGUGGCCCCAUCCAACCCAUCCGCUCAGUUGGAAGUGGAAACUCGCGCCGGACGAGUCAGCGGAAUCCGGGUGCGCGAGUGGAAGGCGGAUUUAGAUUGUCGUGGCUCUUUAAUUCAAUUGACGAUUUCGCGCUGCGAUCUUCUUCGUGUCGCUGGUGUGUGUUGUUUCACUUUCAACCAAGUGCCACCACCUGUGCGAGCCCAUGGAAUACACAAGGAUGAGCUGGGCAAACGAAAGUUAGUUGCGAUCGCGUGAAAAGGGAAACCAGACACAGACAGUCAGAUUUGUAGUGCUGCUCACGUCGCGGCAUCGGAUACAAAGUCUACAUGUGGCACAACGACAGCAUCGGCCAGUAAUUUAAAUGCUACGCGGCAGCAAUUGAAGAGCCAGCAAUUAACAAAGACAACUGCAGAUAUACAUAUAUAUAUAUAUAGAUAGUUAGCUCCUGCAACAAAAUGAAGAACCGCCAGCGAACGCGCCGAAUAUCGCUAAAUGAAAACCACAACAAAUACAUGGGCAGCGCCGGCAUCGAUGUACAAAUAGUUACCAAUACAAAAGAGCCCAAUCAAGUCAAUUUAAAUUCAUCGUCAAAGCUGCUGGCAACUACAGCCACGACGACCUCAGCGGAGGCUGCUCUGCCCGCUUCGCUUCCACUUGCUCCGAUAGCGCAGCAACAAACCCAUCCCCAUCUCCAUCCCCAUCCCAAUCCCCAUCUCCACCAGCAAUACCAGCAACACCAGCUGAUUAUACCGCCCUCAACGAUGACGGGCAAGUAUCAUCCAGCGCACGCCAAGCUGCGAAGAUGCAAAUCGACACCGAGUCUCAAUUGCGAUGCCAUGGCGGAGGAGCCCAUGGAGGAGAACGAGCACCAUCGCAUUUCCCCUUGCUCACGUAAUCCCGCCUUGGAGGCUCAGCAAAUGCAGCAGCAUGCAGCACAACCAUCGCGUAUCAGCAGCAGUGACGGCAGCUGCAACAGCAACAAGUGCAGCAGCAACAUUAACAUCAACAUCAGCGGUGCCCAGCCAACAACUCCGGACUCAUUGCGCUUCGGAUGCGCCCACUACAAGCGGCGGGCCAUGUUCGUGACCCCCUGCUGCAACAAGUUCUACAAGUGCCGAUUUUGCCACGACGAGAACGAGACGCACCACUUCGAUCGCAAAACGCUCACCGAACUAAUAUGCUCCGAGUGCAAUACGCGGCAAACGGUGCGGGAGCAGUGUGUGAAUUGCGGAGUGCGAUUUGGCAAGUACACCUGUCUGAUAUGCAACCUCUUCGACGAUGCGGACAAGCAGCAGUACCACUGUCACGGAUGUGGGAUUUGUCGCAUUGGCGGCGCCGAGAACUUCUUCCACUGCGAGGUGUGCAACAUGUGCCUGCCAAUUCAGCUGAAGAUCGAUGGCCACCGGUGCGUGGAGAACAUCUCGCGAUCCCACUGCCCCGUGUGCCUGGGCGACAUCCACACCUCGCGCAUACCCUGCCACAUUCCCGACUGCGGCCACCUGCUCCACAAGAUGUGCUUCGACCAGCUGCUGGCCUCCGGCCACUACACCUGUCCCACCUGCCAGACCUCGCUGAUCGACAUGACGGCGCUGUGGGAGUACCUGGACGACCAGGCGGAGCGCAUGCCGGUGCCCCUGAAGUACGAGAAUCAGCGGGUGCACAUAUUCUGCAACGAUUGUCACAAGACUUCAAAAACCAAAUUCCAUUUCAUCGGACUCAAAUGCGUCCAUUGCGGCGCGUACAACACAACGCAGGAUGUUAAGCGCCGCCUGUCCCUGGUCACCGAUGAGCCAUCCUCGGCGUGAUAUCCACAUCAGCAUCCGCAUCCAUAUUCGCAUCAGCAACAGGAAACCUCUUGCCAUGCUACCCACAUCUGAAGACACUGAUUUGUUAGCUCAAGACAACACAACUGAAAUCGAAACGCAUUGAAUUUAGAUCAAGUUCGAGCUGGUAUCGAAUAUAAACCUUACAAAAACACAAACAAAAGGCUCACUAAAUGAAUUGGACGUGCUCCGAAACCCCAGUAGAUCUGAAAGCAAUCAAUUAAGUUUAAUGCAAAUAGUUAGUUUCAAUCGUAAUAGGCAUUUAAAAAGCAUUAUACCUUAAUUGGCUUUUUAAACCUAUUGGGGAUUCCAGCACACCAUUAUUUUAUUUUAUACACAAUUCACACAUUGGUAA